UUUGACUCGCCUGGCACGUUCUAACAGUUUGAAGCUCGACUUUGUGAAGCUGUAGAUUUCCAGACUGUGCAGCGUUUUACUGAAGUCCUUGGGAUGGACUCCGUCUCUCAGAGCCUGAAAGAUCAGAUCUCAGAGCUGCUGAAGCCUCACAGAGUGUGUCUGGUGACGCCUGUCGUUCUGAACCACUCCGGUCAGUCAUGUUGGAGAUCGGCCAGCAGGUUUGUGGUGCUGAGUCUGUGGAGAGGUUACCUGGUUAUAAACAAGCAGCCUGUCAGGGUGGAGAGCACGUUCAGCUUCCUGGAGAUUUCCUCCAUCAACAUCCACCACCUCACACAGAUUGAGCUGGAGACAGACAGGCAGACGUUGUCUUUCAGUGUAUCGGAUGUUGAGGAUCUUGAGGCCAUGGUCGGUCAUGUGACCGCCUCAUUGAAGAGGAUCUUCCCCGACUCAUCUCCGGGAAAGCUGUUAAAGAUGAUUCCUCCAGAUCUGCAGCAGAGACUCCUCACACUGACCGGAGACAUCGAGGAGCAGAUGAACAGUCAGCCCGCCUCCUGUGGAGGAUUCUCUGACACCUAUGCUGCUCUGUGUGAUUUCAAUGAGAUGCCAUUCAGAGAGGAGAUUCAGUGGGAUGUUGACAACAUCUACUACAUCCACAACUGGAGACAGUUCAACCUGCUGGACUUCAGCCACUUAGACAGCAGAGACCUGGCAUUAGCGGUAGCAGCUCUGUCCUUCAACCAGUGGUUCAACAAGAUCUACAGCAAAGACCUUAAGCUGUCAGUGGAUGUCCAGCAGCAGUUGACUUUCCUGCUGUCCAGGUCUCCCAGUCUGGAGGAGCUCUCACUGGAGGCCAGUGGACUCAAACUGGACUUUGCAAUGAAAAUGGCCGGUGCCCUGGGGGAACACAGUUCUUCUACCCUGCACUCCAUCAACCUCUCAGGCAAUCCAAUCGAAGACAAAGGUAUAAUAGCUCUCUGUCAGGUGUUGGGGAAACUGGCUGAGGGACUCAAGCUCCUCUCUCUGUCCCGGGUUUCAGUGACUGCAAGAGGUAUUGGCUGUUUAAGUCAGCUGUUGUCCUCCAGUCAGCUCUUCUCAGCUUCUCUGACCCACCUCGACCUGUCUGGAAACCCCAGCAGCCUGGUUACUGAAGAGUCCACGUACCUCUUCAAGUUCCUGUCCAGUACUAACUCUCUGUCCCAUCUGGACCUCAGUGAUACCAACUGUCCCCUGGACACGUUAUUUGUGUCCCUGUCUGUGGGAUGCUGUUACAAACUGACGUACCUGAACCUGGCCAGGAAUCCUUUCAGCCACAGAAAGGGGCAGAAGGUGACCACGACCGUUAGAGAAUUCUUCAGUCAGAGCUGUGAGCUGAAGUAUGUGGGUCUAUCUGCAACCAAACUACCUCCAGACGCUCUCAGUUUAUUACUGCAGGGUUUGGCGACCAACACUCGUCUGUUUGGGCUGGAGUUGGACCUCAGCAGCUGUGAGCUACGUUCAGCAGGUGCCCAGGUGAUAGAGGAGCACAUCUCUGAAGCUAGAGCUGUCAAAAGUUUGGACAUCUCAGACAACGGUUUGGAGAAUGACAUGGUGAUGCUGGUUCUGUCUGUCGGUCGAUGUCACUCUCUUCGACACCUCGCACUGGGGAGAAACUUCGCCAUGAAAUCCAGAGCUCUCACUGACGUUCUUCAUCGUAUAGCUCAGCUCAUUCAGGAUGAAGAGUGUCCCUUGCAGUCUCUCUCAGUGUGUGACUCGAAGCUGAAGACAGGGAUGCACAUUCUGCUGAGCGCUCUGGGUGGUCACGCUGCUCUGGCUGAACUGGAUAUCAGUGGAAACAACAUCGGAGACACUGGGGCCAAAAUGCUGGCUAAAGCCCUGAUGAACAACACCAGACUGAGGACUCUAACAUGGGACAGAAACAAUGUAACUGCCAGGGGUUUCCAGGAUGUGGCUGAUGCCUUGGAAAGGAACUUCACUCUGCAGCAGGUGUCUCUCCCUCUGGCUGAUAUCACACAGAGUUACCGCAGCAACCCUGACAGAACAAAAGAGGCUCUGCACAAGAUUCAGCAGUGUUUGGACAGAAACAACCGGAGACAGUCUGACAGAGGGGAACUUCAGAGAGUGUUUAAAACCCAACAAUCUGAAAAGCUGGUCCAGGGCAUGUGUCGGCAGUUGGAGGACAGCCUUCAACAUUUGAACCUCUGCAGCAUUCAGGAGGUCCAGUCUGACGUCCUGUCAGUACACGAGGUGCUGCACAACGCCAGGGAGUCCCUCAAGCUGCUGCCCUCUCUGUAUGAGACAGGCAGGAAGUGUGCCUCUGAUGGAGACUUGGUGAACUGCAUCCUCACUGACACUGCUAAUGCACUGACUAAUGAGUUCACACGAAGCAUACAGGAGAUGGCUCAAGGCCUGAUGAGGUGUGCAGAGGCAGCGUGUCCACGUGUGGUCCAGCGGUCGAGUGUGUGUGAAUGUCUGUCGGAGUACCUGUCCAAAAGAAGCAGACAGACACACACGUUCCUGAGAAGCACCCUGGUGGAGCACACAGGGCAGAUCAUCGUCAACAGACUGCGUGAACUAAGACAAACACUGAGUGUCUCUUUGGCUGAAUGCAUCAUGGAACAAGUACAGCAAGAUCUGACCGUGGCACAGGACAAAAUGGAUUGUCUUAUAAAGGAAAAUUCCAGCAACGCUCUGAGAGCCAGCGUCCCGGAGCUCCGUCUGGUAGACACUGACUUCCCAACGGAUGAUUACAGUCCGGCAUUUUGGAGAAAUAGUUUCCACUCCAAGAGCCUGAGGCCAGCCCCUUCAAUUAAGAGUCUCCUGGAUUCAGACUGGGAGCAGUCGACCAGGGACAGAAUAGCAGAGAAAGAGAGGGGAGGAGGUGCUGGAGAGGAAGGAGGAGGAGGAGAAGGAAGAGGUGGCCUCCCUCGGUUGCCGACAGCAACCCCCUUGUCAGUCAUGGCCUCAAGCCCCUCCCCUUCCCCUUCCACUUCCCCGUCCCCCUCCCCCCCGGGACGGAGCGGGAGGAGGCAGAGGGAGGGGGAGGUGGCGGUGGUGGAUGCUGCAGCAGCAAUAUCAGGAGCGAGAAGAGCAUCGUUCAUUCCUCCUCCCAGUCUCCCCCUCCUUUACUCCAUCUCCACUCGAGCGCCAGAGGAGGAGGCUGCUGGCCGCGGAGGCUUACCCAGACGAGAGGCUCCCUUCCCCGGCUGCGGCCCCAGCCCAGGCCCCCUCCCCGGCUCUGGAUCCCCCGCUUCUCCCAUGGAGCCUCUACCCACCCAGGGACAGACUCUAAGGCACUACACUGCUUCCCGACCACGGCCGCGACGCACACAUUCACAGCCCCCCUCCUCAAGGCCUCAGGAGCCAGUGUCAAAAGUAGAGAAUGAGGCCAGUGAGGGGAUGGGCAGAGUGGAUGAAGGAGUAGAGGAGUUCUUCACCAAGAAAAUCCUCCCUGACUAUGCACUAAAAGGCCGGUGGGAGGAGUCAAACCCUGCCCAAGCCACUCCCUCAGAGUCAAGCUCCACCCCCUCCGCCUCAACCCCCUUUUCCUCUUCGUCUGAGAAUAUCAUCUCUUCUACCACCACCACUGUCACCUCUCCCUCUGUCCCAUCUACUGACACGUCCUUUACAUCCACUGAUGUCCCACCCCUCUCUACAUCCCCCACUCCCCCCACCCCCGCUUCUGUCACCACCUCCACCACCACACUUCCCACCAAAAACAUCAAGAAAAAGUUUGGCGACUUCUUCGCCUUCAAGAGGGCUCGAGCCGGCCGAGCCUCCAAGGCUGGAGGGGGAGAGGGAGGAGGAGGAGAGGGGGUGAAGGUCAAAAGGACCUCCAUUGCAGACCUCAUUCGACCCCUCCGUGAGGCCAAAGAAAGGGAGAGAGAGAGGGAGAGGGACAAGGAGAGAGGGGCAAGGUCAGUGGAGGAUGCUAACGUUUCUAAUGAUGCCGCCACCACAGAAGGAACCGUUGCCACCAGCCAGCAUCUUGCAGGCGAUGCGAGGGAAGUGAUGGCGCCUGCCAAUACGUUAACCACGACAACGCCUCCCAGUGAGACCGCUCCCUCUUACCCCACCAUCCCCGCCGCGAGCCCCGACCUCAUCCCGGCUACGCUGUCCAACCUGGAAGAAGAGGCGGUUCCGGCGUUGCCAGGUCGCACCCCCAGUCCGGUGGUCACUUCCCCCCUAACCGAGCAGGAGAGGAGCGGGGCGCUGAUGAAGGUGGGAGGGACUCCGUAUGGAGAGAGGAGACUGAAGGUGACCAAGAGGUCGCUGAGAGAGGGCAAGAGCCAGAGUCUCAUACUGCUGACCGGACUGGAGCCUGAAGACAAGGAUAACACACACAGUAAGAAACAUGCGUCCGACAGCACAUCCAGCAUUGAACAGAAGCUUCAGGUGAUGCUACAAAGGAUGGGCGUGGCCAGAACUCCUCCCACUGACACCAAGACGAGCCAGAAUAAAGACGAGGAGCUGAGAAAGGCCAACUCUGAAGGUGCUAUCCUGGAAAAACCUCAACCACCUCCCACAUACAUGAAGCCCAGAACCAUGUCUACUUCAUCAGAUCCCAGGCAUCCUAUCAGAACGCUGGACCCCCUCCGACCGGACCCUCCCCUUCUCCCGAAGCCCGCCAUCCCCGAGCGCCCCGUCGGCCCCCUGCCACCCAGACCUGCCAUCGCAGCCAAGCCUCCCAUCCCCACCCCAGCUGCUCCCGCAGGGGGAGGAGCUCGCCCGUCCUCUGCUCCUCCCUCCAGCAGCUCAGCAGAAAGAGUCCAGCUCAGAGCACACACACAGGAUGGGAGUCCAGGGGAGAGUACAGCACAGGAGGGUCCCCAGGGUGCAGCCCCAACACCGUCGCCCAGGAAAGAGCUGCUUCCUCCGGCCCCAUCUCCACGGAGGGGUCCCAGCGCACAGGACCGCUCAGAGAAAGCACAGUCAGUGACAGACGAGAGUCUUCCUAAACCACGCCAACACAUGAAGCCCCUUCCACAGCGCAGAGCUGUGUCCGUCCAUGAGGACGCUCUGGCCAUGACACAAGAGCUGAAGGCAGUGUUACAGAGGUCGCCCAUCCGUUUCCGGGGCAACAGAGGGGACUUGCCCACCUGCACUGAAGACCUAUCUAGUGGGGAGGAAGCACAAAGAUCUCAGGAGGCUGAAGAAAAGAAGGAGGAGCUGAGGGCAGAGAAAGGAAGGAUGGGCUGUGGAGGGACGCCAGCUGAAGCCAGGCACCCCCCUCCAGGAGAGGAAGAAGCAAAGGGCUCAGGGUGUCCCUCCUCUGCAGGUCAGCCUCAACAAGCAGCAUCACCACCCCGACUCUUCAGUCCGGCUGCAGCCCUCGACAAAGCUCCGCCCACCCCGGAGAGGCCCCCAGCACUAACCCAAACCCUGGAAAAGCCUCCUGUAACCCCCACAUCUCAGAAAAAGAGCCCCAGCACAGCCCCUGCACUGGCCCAAACUCUAGAGAAGCUCCAACUCCAAGACAAGACCCCCAGCACAAUCCAGGCUGCAUUCGAAUCCCCGGAAAACCCCAGAGUGAGUCCUCUGUCCCACAGGAAGAAGAGUCCUGGCACAGCGUCGUCAGCAGCAGCGGCAGCGGAUCUAAGAAACAGCACACAGGAGAGAGGAGAGGCCUUUAAACAGCACACGACGAAGGCAGACCAAAGAACUGAGCCCCCUCUGUCUGAAUAACAGUGCACUGAGGCCAAAAGACACACCUGGGAGAGAGAGGGGGGAGGGGUCUGUGACAUCACCGAGAUCAGGAAGUGGGUGGGUACACGAGGUCUGAGAGCGGCCUGAGUGUUGUACCCUCCGGUGGAAAACAGCUGCUGUGUCCCACGUCAGGGGUGUCCUCUCUGAAAGUCUGAGGAAUCAAUAUUAUUUAGCGCUCACGGUUGGUGCGGAUUUUUGUUGCUAGCUCACAGCUAACGUCUCUACGGUCGAGCGACUCAACAGAAAGUUUUUUCAUGAGUUGAUGAGGUUUGGUUUGUCUGAGGCUUCCGAGAUUUUCGCACGAUGUCGACAGCUGUCCGUGUGUAUUUAACCCAAACAGCACAGGCGUUAGCUGUAGCUACUUACCAACAUACACACCAACCGUGUGUCCUCAGGAUGUGUCCGUGUGUGUUGACAGAUGAUCCUCAGACAAAUCUGCAUCCUCUGGCAUCUUUGCAUUGAAUAUGCAUUCAGUCUAAACCAGGGGUGUCAAACUGUUCCACAAAGGGCCGGUGUGGCUGCAGGUUUUUGUUCCAACCAAUGAA